CCCCUUUUCCAGAAAUUUGACUGGUCGAUAGGCCAAGAUUUAUCUAUUCGAUCAACGUGAUACGGCUAAAUAAUAUAGGCGAGGCCUUUUCUUUUUCUUUGCACCUACACGCCUUCCGAAGGGUCUUUAUUAACUUGAUGACUCAAUGGGAAACCAUUCACGACCAUUCAUCUCAUAUUUCUCCCGUCCGACCAGCUCGAAUAAAAGACUAUUCAACUGAUCGAGGAAACGGUAUAUUUGAAGCCGUGAGCAAGUCCUAUAUACCAACAGCUUCAAAUAUGUCACAGCAUCAUAUUUUUGUAAAGCCCACAAACAAGCACAAAUCAACCUUGAUGAGAUUGGCCGUCCAUUUUUUAUUACUAUCUAUACCUGUCUUUCUGUUUUGGCAAUACUAUGCACAGAACAUGACCGUGAACACACAUAGAUUGCAUCAUGUUAAAAGAACAAUACAGUCCCAGGUUACACAACCCUUUCUUAAUGCACAACAAGCCUCGAUUGACAUGGCACGUCAUUUUAUUUAUACGCCAUCACGCAUAAUUCAUGAUCAUUACAAGCAAACAAUCUCGCCAAUCAUAACAUCAAAUGAAUUGAUUAUCAAACAUUAUUGGCUGUUGUGGAAGCAAGAUUAUGAUGCUUAUGUAAACAGUAAAAUGGACUAUACCUCAACAGAGAUUAUUCUUGAUCAAAGUGUAAAAAAAACUGCAGAAUGGAUCCGUGAAUAUAUCCAAACGCCAAGGGAAGGGAUGCGAAAAAAGGAUGCUGACGAAAAAGCACAGCAAAUUGUUAAGAGCAUAGUGCGGACAACAAAUGGUUAGGAAAGAAAGAAGGGCUAGCCUUCUAUUUGAAUUAUGUAAAUACACUUAUAAAUGGUUCCCAUAGGAAUGAUGGGAUGGAUGGGAAGUUUAUGCUUGUGUAUGUGUCACAUUAUCUAUUUUUAUGAGGCGUAGUCAAAUUCAAUAGUACUCCCUGCGCACAUUUUGAUUAUUCUCCACCCAUCGGCAUAGACUAAAUCAAUAAGGCAUGCCUAAGCAUGGUCACCGUAAUGUAACUGUAGCUUAUGAGUCGGAUCGCUGGGUUAUAAGAAUAAAAGUCGGUGCUCAAGUAUAAUAUUGCUAAGUUGUCAUUCUUGUCUUUCCUAUGCUUCUUUUUGCCUUGGAAUAUUUCUUUAAGAUAAGUGGCUUAGGAUGAAGCAACAUAGUCUUAUUCUGACAGUCUUGGGCUGUGGCGACAUUCAUUACCAGACAUAAUACGGUAGUGAAAUAAUAAAUCGACC